AUGACCCCACGCAGAUGGACGCUGGCUUUCUGCUUCUCACUGGUCUCAGACGUUUGCAGGACUUUCGGCAGCGGGGUUAUGCAGCCUUUCAACGGUUCAGGUUUCCAUGUGCGAUCAAACUGCCCGUUCACCCUCACCCGCUUCACACACAACCGGGUUGAAUAUGACAUCACCACACGGCGAGGCAAUAGCGGGCUGCUGACCCAACUCGAGAUCACCGUCAACAAAGUCAGGACGAUCGUGCAGGGUGGAAGCAUCGAGGUGGAGAAGAAAAGUAUUUCCCUUCCAUACGACCACACCUACCAGCAUAUUUUUCAGUAUGGUACCUUCACUAAACUAAGGAGCUCACUGCUUCCUUUGUCUGUCACCUGGCACAAUGUAUCUGGAGGAAUAGACUUAGUGGAGCUGGAGCUGGAGAAGGAGCUGAACAUUGACAUGACCGGACUGUGUGGACAACUGAAUGUUCCAGGCAACAAGCAGCAGUUGAUUGCGGAGAGCGUGCUCACUGAGGACACAUGUCAAACCCGAGAUUCUGUCUCUGCUAUGAAUCAACAGUGCAGACUGUUCUUUUCCUACACCUUGGAUUGCCUGCAAUUCAGGAUUCUUCAUUAUAUCGAACUCUGUGAAGAGAACAUCUACAGUUUUGAAAGCAGCAAAUACAUCAGCUGUGCUUUCUUCAAAGAAGUUGUCCAGGAGUGUGGAAAUAACAGCUACAUCUGGAACAUAUGGAGAAUUGUAACCAAAUGUGCUCCACCGAGUUGUCCAGGAGACCUGUUUUUUGUGGAACAGGGCCCCGCCUUUGUCCCCAGCUGCUCUAACCCCAACCCCAGAUUCUCCAACCAGGACCUCACAAGCUCCUGUGUCUGCCCAGAGGGUACGGUGGUUAAUGACCAAGCAGAGGGCAUCCACUGUGUGAAAGAGUCCAACUGCCCCUGUGUGUUCGCUGGCAGAAGCUACAGCACCGGACAUAUACGUAGCACCAAGUGUCAGUCGUGUGUGUGUGAGAGUGGGAAGUGGCAUUGCUCUGAAAACUUCUGCCCAGCCAGAUGUCUCAUGGAAGGACAGUUUGUGACAACAUUCGAUGGCAAACAAUAUGUCGUCCCUGGUAAAUGCACAUAUGUGGUAUCACAGGGUCACAACUGGACAAUAAUUGUUCAGUUUUCGGAAAAAAGGGUAUCCCUGCAAACAGCUGUCCUGCAGCUUUUUCAGGACACGUAUACAUUCUCAUACAACAGUGUUAAAGUGGGAGAGAAGGAGAUAACUGAACUUCAUCAGUCUGAUCACGCCCUGGUUUUCUGGCAGUCCUCCAUGUACAUCCAAGUCCAGACAUCCUUUGGUAUGAACAUCCAAGUCCAGAUGUCUCCUGAAAUUCAGCUCUACAUCACCCUACCCAAAACCCACACUGGUGUUAUAUCAGGUCUUUGUGGCAACAGCAACAAUGACACCACCGAUGACUUCACCACCAGCAGCGGCAUCAUCGAGAACUCACCUCAAGCUUUCGCUCUGUCCUGGAGUGUUGGCACUUGUGUAGUGAACAUACCCCCCAUCUGCAGCAGCACAGACAGUGAAAUAUUUGCAGAUGAAGGGUGUUCUGUUUUGAAUGACGCAACUGGGAUAUUUGCUACGUGCCACAGUCAUAUCCCAACUGAUCAUUUCCACACCGCUUGCAUCCAAAGAACCUGUAACUGUGGCAACAAUCUGCAGCAGUGUUUAUGUGUUGCUCUGGGCAGCUACGCCAAAGCCUGCGCCAGUCUGGGUGUUGCAGUUGGCGACUGGAGGAAAGCGACCAACUGCACUCUGAAAUGUCAAAAGAACCAAGAGUUCUCCUACGACGUGCGGGCCUGCAACCACACGUGCCGUUUACUGUCUGGCCCUGACCCUCGUUGUUGGUUGGAUGAUGCUCCUGUGGAGGGCUGUGGUUGUCCUGAAGGAACUCACCUGAACCAAGGACACGUAUGCACCCCAAAGGCAGAGUGUGUCUGUCACCACUAUGGCGGUACAAAGCCGCCGGGGCCUGUUGUUAUUGAUGGAAGACAGUGCCUCUGUGAGAAUGGAGAACUGCACUGUUCCAAGGACUGUGGUUGCAGAAAUGGUAAGGUUUGUGUUCACUGCUCAGAGUACCCAGUGAACACAGCUCAGAAAACCUGUGACAGUCUCAGCAAACCACUGGGUUCCAGUUUGACCUGUGAGAGUGGCUGUCACUGCCCACAUGACCAGUAUGAGGAUCACCAUGGAAACUGUGGUUCUCUGGACAACUGCACCUGUGUGUACAGUGGCAAAAUGUUCAGCGCAGGACAGCAUGUCAAAACCAACUGUAAAACAUGUGUUUGUGGUCAAGGUCAGUGGCACUGCAAAGACGAGCCAUGUUCUGGGAAGUGUCAAGUGUACGGAAAUGGGCAUUACCAGACAUUUGACUCUAAAUGGUAUCGCUUUAAUGGGCACUGCCAGUACACACUGGUAGAGGAUUACUGCGGAAACCAAAACGGCUCCUUCUCUGUCAGAGUGGAAAGUGUACCCUGCUGUGAUGAAGCACUGACCUGCUCUCGCUCCAUCGUCCUGGAUCUGCAGGGCACAGUCACCCUGACACUGAGCGACAUGAGGGUGACCAGACGUCUCCAAAAAGGCUGGACUCUGCAAGAAGAUUCAUUUUACACCACUCACACAGUGGGACUCUACAUCGUAAUAUCUGUGCCGAGCCAAGGCAUAACGCUCAUCUGGGACAAACACACCAGGAUCACCGUAGAGCUGCAUCCAAACUGGAGAAACCGAGUGUGUGGCCUCUGUGGGAAUUUUGACUCCAGUGAGAUGAAUGACCUACAGAUAAGUGACUCAGCAGUGGUGUCUAGUCCGCUGGCCUUUGGCAACAACUGGAAGGCCACCUCACCUCCUUGUUCUGAUGUUACCACUGAGAUAUUCCCAUGUGAACGCAACUCCUACUGCUCAGCUUGGGCUCAGCGGCGCUGUAUGAUCAUUACAGCAGACACCUUCAAAGACUGCCAUCUAAAAGUGGACCCAGAGCCCUACUACCACGCCUGUGUGCAGGAGUCCUGCUCCUGUGAGUUUGAGGGGAAGUUUCUGGGCUUCUGCACAGCUGUGGCAGCAUACGCAGAGGCCUGCAGCGAGCAGGACGUGUGUGUCAAAUGGAGGACACCUGAUUUGUGCCCGGUCUACUGUGACUACUACAACGAGCAGGGCCAGUGUAGCUGGCACUAUGAAGCCUGUGGUGAGGUGCUCACCUGCGGCAAAGGCCACUAUUUCACCGACAAACUGGAAGGCUGCUACCCCAGAUGUCCAAAAGAUGCACCGUUCUAUGAUGAAAAUACCGGUGAAUGCACCAAAUUGAGGAACUGCACAUGUUUUUUCAACGACACCAUCAUUCAGCCUGGGGCAGUGGUGAUGAUAGAGUGCUACUUUACCCACAACAAUAUCACCCACCACCUCUACCUCAAGCAUUCCAACUACAACUGCUUCAACCACAAUGGAAACAACUGUGCCCUCCACAACACCAACAACUACAACUGCCUCAACAACCACGGAAACAGGGACACCAACGUCAUCAACCACCCCUACACCAACAACAACACCUGCAUUGGCUGUACCGACCUCAAGAGGAAGAAAACUUGGGCUUGCGGUGAGACGUGGACAGAGGACUGUUUUCACAGGACCUGUACUAAUGGCAAGAUAGAGUUGACCCCGGUGGUUUGUCCAGAGCCUACAGCUCCCAUCUGCCCCAGAGGUCAAGUCACAAAAGUCUCAGACGGAUGCUGCGAAACAUGGAAAUGUGACUGUCGCUGUGAGCUAUAUGGGGACCCCCACUACAUCUCCUUUGCAGGUGUACCCUUUGAUUUCCUGGACGAAUGCACCUACAUCCUGGUGGAGGAGCAAUCACCACAACAUCGUCUGUCCAUUGCUGUGGACAACUUCUACUGUGUGCCGGGCCUCCAUGGGUCCUGUGCUAAAGGCAUCAUCCUCAAAUAUCAGGACAAUGUGGCUACACUUAGUAUGGUCCCAGAUUUUAAUGCAGUAAAGGCCACUCUGAACAAUGUGACCAUACAGCCACCAUACGAGGAGCAGGGGUUGAGGUUUGAAACCACAGGGUACGCUGUGUCAAUCUAUCUCCCUGAGGUUCGCUCUUACGUCUCCCUCAGUCCUUCUUAUACCUUGGUGGUCAAUCUAGCCAUGGAACAUUUCCUCAACAACACCCAGGGACAAUGUGGUGUAUGUGGUGGUGGAUCAUGUAUCCGCAGAGGAGGGCAGAUCGAGGACAACAAUUGCUGUGAUAAGACGGCCUAUGACUGGGUGUUUGCAGACCCUCUGAACUCAGCAUGUGUUUCUCGGCCGAGGGACGUACCCUGUCAUCCCGGGCCAACUCCGGUACCCCCCACCAGCUGCCCUCCAAGCCCACAAUGUGAGCUGCUAGACCACCCAGUCUUUCAGAACUGCACAACAUAUGUGAAUCUGCAACUUAUAAAGAAGAACUGUGAGUUUGAUUCAUGCGGGAAGACAGACGGUCCUUGCUCUUCACUAGAGCAAGCUGCUAAGGAAUGCAAGAAUGCCAGUAUCUGCAUCGACUGGAGAAAACUGACUAAUGGAACCUGUGAUGUGACAUGUCCAGAAGGAUUGGUUCACAGAGAAUGUCAUGACAAGCUGGAUGACUUCUGCUAUGGAGGUGGCCAGUUCAGGGCAGGAAAUCACUCCAUCAACUGUGUGUCUGACUGUUCAUAUUGUAAAGGACCUCUCGGAGAGCCCAGACUGCCUGGUGAGGUGUGGCAGUCCAACUGUCACCUGUGUUCAUGUAACAACCAGACUCGGACAGAGGAGUGUCGAAAAUCAUCCAAGUUGGCUCUUCUCUGUGACAAUCCUUGUUCUGAGAACAAUUGCAGUUACAAUGAAAAGACAUACAAGGUGGGAGUCACAUGGAAAGACGCUGCCCAUCCCUGCAUGUCAUUCAGCUGUAGCAGAGAGGGCAUUCAGACUGAGAGAAGAAUCUGUCCCAAAGAAAACUGUCCUGAGGUACUGGACCCCUCCUCUCUCCUUUAA